UUAAAAAAUGUCAUUGAUAAACUGGAAAGAAAAAUAAUUUAUAAAAUGGAAUUGAGUGUUUCAGAACUGCAUCAAGAACAUGAUAGUCUGACGAGGAAAAUUCAAAAUUUAACUAACUGUAUCCAUGAAAGAAAUAUAAGAAUCGAAGAAUUAGAGAAUGAAAAAGUUCAUUUAUUGAACCGAAUCGAUCACACUUCUAUACAAUUAAACAAACAAAAUCAGCAAGUUGAAGUAUUAAAAAGAAUAAAUUCAACAUUUCGAGAAAAAUUAGACGAUCGAAAAAGAAAUAUUGAAUCGAUUUUUAGUGCUUUACAAUCCAUACAAUUUCAAAUUGAAAAAGUACAUCUAGUAUCUUCGGAAGACAAAAAAGUUACUACGGAUGUAAAUUACAAAAAAAAAAUAGAUAUUGCAAAUUCUGAUUAUUUUCUUCAAGAAAAUUCAAAUGAUGUUGUCAGAGAUAAUAUUAUAAAUACACUCAACUCAACAGAAAGUUUCGAAUAUCAACUAUCAUCAAUUAAAGAUAAUAUAAAUAUUCUUUCCAGUGAAUUACAUGCAAAUGUUGAUCCAAAAAACAAUUCUAAAAAUUCAUUAGCUCAAAUAAAAGAGAAAUCCAAUGGUUGCGAAAAUAUACAUGAAGAAGAAAUGAAGAUAUCUGAACAAAUGAGCGAUCAACUAAAUGAAAGUAAUAAAGGAAUAAAAGAUGACAAAAUGCAAAAAUCGAAUAAUCAAUUAAAUAAAUUUUCUUAAUGAAAUGAAAAUUUGGUAUUUUCGUUUGAUGAAAAAGAUAUAAUUCAUAAAAAUGAUUUGAAAAAAGAGUCGCGGUAUUAUAGCAAAAUUACAAAAUCUCACUACGGAAAUAACAUAUUUUCCAAGAGUUUAGAAUAAUAAUCUUUAGACGAUAAAAGCGAUCAUCUGAAUGGAAUUACGGAUCUUUCCUCAAAAAUAAAAAAUGUAAAACAAUAUAUUUAUUAUAAUAGAGGUAUUAUUCUAAUACAGAACAAUAAUGUAGAAAAAAAAUCUAAUGAAAAGUAGGAGAACUUAUAAAUUUAUUAUUCUUAUAUACAGUUCCAAAUAAAAUACAGUUUGACAAAUCCACUAUUCAAGAAUCCACAAAAUCUAAAAGUUCACCUUUCAAAUAAUUUAUUUUU